UCAGUGCGACAUGGGAUGGCCUUCAUUUUGUUUCUCUGUAACUUUUCAAAUUUCGCCAACAAAUGAACUUGAGCAUCGCCAUGCCAGCUAUGGUGAACCACACAGCACUCAAUGCCUCUACAGAAGGGCCCCCCACUGACACCCAGGACAAAUGGAAUGACACACAAAUGGAAUUUAUGACAGUGGCCCCUGUGUAUGACUGGAAUCCUGAGAUCCAAGGAAUCCUUCUCCGUGCACUCUAUUAUGGCUCUCUCUUGGCUCCAAUCCCCACUGGCUAUAUGGCUGGAGUGUUUGGAGCCAAGUAUGUGGUUGGUGCUGGCUUGUUUAUUUCCUCAGUCCUGACCCUCUGCACUCCAUUGGCAGCUGAUGCAGGGGUGACCUCUCUCAUUGUCCUUCGAGUUGUCCAAGGCAUAAGCCAGGUUAUGGUAGCUACAAGCCAGUUUUCAAUUUGGGUCAAAUGGGCUCCCCCACUAGAAAGGAGUCAGCUGAUAACCAUUGCUGUAUCAGGAUCAGCACUGGGAACCUUCAUCAUCCUUGCUGUGGGAGGUUUCCUUUGCCAGAUGAUAGGAUGGCCUUAUGUCUUCUAUAUCUUUGGUGGAACAGGCUGUGCCUGUUCUUUUCUCUGGUUGCUUCUUGUCUAUGAGGACCCUGUGAAUCACCCAUUUAUCAGCACUGAGGAGAAGGAAUACAUCAGGGAUUCGCUGGCUCAACAGGCUUCUGUCCCCAUUAAGGCUAUGGUCAAAUCCCUGCCACUGUGGGUCAUUUUAGUCUCUUCUUUCUGUAUUUACUGGCGUUAUUAUAUCAUCAUGUCAUAUGCACCAACGUACAUGAACUCUGUACUUCAAGCUAACCUCUGAGAUAGUGGGAUCCUGUCAGCCCUGCCAUUUGUUUUUUCCUUUCCUUCCCUUAUCCUUGGAGGUCAGCUGGCUGGUUUUCUCCUCUCCAGAAAAAUCCUUAGACUCAUCACAAUCAGGAAACUCUUUACUGCCAUAGGGGUUCUUAUCCCAAAUGGACUCCUCUUGUGCCUGCCCUGGGUCACAUCCAGCCUGAGCACCACCAUUGCCUUAUUGGUGCUGAGCUGUGUCUUCGGCAGUCUCUGUGAAGUAGGAGUCCUUAUCAGCAUCGUAGAUAUUGUUCCUCGAUACAGUGCCUUCCUCAAGGGACUAUUGCAAUUAUUUUCUUUCCUAGCUGGGGCCAUCUCUCCCACCGUUUGUGGAUAUUUCAUCAAUCAGGACCCAGAGUUUGGUUGGAGAAAUGUCUUCUUCAUUGCAGCUGCUGUUGACAUAGCAGGCCUGGUCAUCUACCUCAUCCUGGGAGGAGCCGAAGUCCAAGACUGGGCAUCCGGUCAACAUUCCCCCACGUCUCAGCAAGCCUAG